AUGAAACUAAAACUAGAAGUCUCUAUGAAAUUCUUCCAAGAGACUACACCUUCUACAAAAUUUAUUGAUAUUGUCAACAAUUUGUUGGAAUCUAAAAAUGAUGCGGGUUGGAAAAAUACCAAACCUGCAGGCGUGGAAGGGGACAACCUUCUCCUGGUGGUUGAGGAGUUUGCAACUGUUGUAGCAGACAUAUUGGAGGAACAGAUGAAGAGAGGUGUAAUACAGUACAAAGAAAAACCGGAAUUAGAGAUCAGAGAACACAUUGAAUACAAACUAGAGAUACAGAGGAAAGAUUCGAUGAGAGAGUUUAUGUUCCCUGACGGUUCUGAUGGCGUGCUGUUUGGAUUGAAUGGAGAGGCAGGCGAGGUCCGAUAUUUCCCUUCUGAUGGCGAUGCCCUGGGCAACAUGACUAUUUCAUCUGAUUAUGUAAAACUAUCUGGAUUCCGAUUCAGGAACUUGGCAAAAUAUCUACCGAAUCAUGCAGGCAAAAGCAAAGAAGAUAAUGUGAACUCAGCCAUAUUAGCUCUUUAUAUCCACAAUACAGAGAACUAUACACCGUAUAACCUGAGUACGCCAAUCAGAUACCACGCGGCCUACCUAGACACAUUUAAUAUAUCAAAUGCUGAGUGUGUAAGGAUCGAACACCCAAAUCGGAACAAAUCAAGUCAGAGCCAGUGGUUUUGGAGUAGGGAUCAGUGUAUCCUGGUGUCAGACACAGGUGGAGAGGGCUACUGUGAAUGCUAUAUGCCUGGUGUUUUUGCCCUCAUUACGGACAUGUAUAAUGUUAACUGGGAUAGAGGCAUUAAAAGACCCAUUCUUAUGAAUAUUGCGUCAUAUGCAGGGUGCGCAUUGACAACUGUUAUGUGCCUUGUCAGCAUCAUUAUUCACGUUAGAUUCAGAUCAUCCACUACCACUGCAUCACUCCAUAAGAAUUUGGCAGCGUCCAUUGUCAUAGGUCAGGUGGUAUUUAUGGCGGGUAUAGACAAGUACGACAACCCUGUGAUAUGUCACAUUUUUGCGAUUUUAUUACAUUAUGCAUUCCUGUCCAAUUUCUCCUGGUUGAUGAACGAAGUUUUUAAUCAGUAUAUUGUCAUCACGUAUGCUGCCCAUUCUCACUCUGACCAGCUCACAGAUAACGGGUCAAUGAUUCGUUAUUACGUCCUCGGCUGGCUUUUUCCCGGUGUUUUGGUGGGCGCCUUUGUUGGAUCCCAAGGAGAAUCCUAUUAUGCGAAAGAUAUGUGCUGGAUUGCCUGGGAUAACAUUUGGUUGUUUGUUGCCCCUGCGCUUGGAUUACAAGCAGUUUCUGUAAUGGUGAUGAUUUUUGCAACCAAAGAGCACAACGAAAACUCCUACACAAACAGUGAAAAGACAAACAGAAUUAUCCUGAUUCAGAUGCGUGGCUUGUGGAUUCAGAUAAUUUUGGUGACGGUCUCUUGGGCGUUUGCCUUCCUGUCGCUGAGAAUGCAUGAUUCCGUUAUCAAGUAUCUCUAUGCCAUGAUGAAUAUAUUACAAGGCGCUUUUGUCCUAGUGUUUUUUGUCUUUCUACAUGAGGAAAUACAAGCUGUAUUAAAAGCGAGGAAAACUAGGAAAACCUUGAUUGUGUUCGAUCCCGACCGCGAUCAGUCUAUGGAAUCAUUGUUCAAUCAAGAAGAGGAAAAGGAAUACUCGGACACAGAACCUCUGAACAGGAAAACUGGAAGCCCGAAACAAGUGGUCAAGUCUAAAGUUCACGAGGCAAAGAAAGACAUGUUUAGUUUAGCUGAGAAGUGUGAAAUGGUGACUAGCGUGUAAGGAUAGUGUAUCUGUAUUUCAAGGAUAAAGUAGCAGUCACAAAAGAUUAUGCUUAGAUGUCAUUGUAUUUUGUACAUUUUUAUAGCCAUCGAUUUAUUUAAACAAUUUAUU